AUGGCAGUAAUACGGCGCUGGCGAGUUGCGGCGCUCAGCAUCAUCCUCACUCUCAGCUUCGUGUACUAUCUUUACCAGAAACAAAACGUUUCUUACCUCCCCUUCUCCGCCUCCAACUACGCCGACGGGAAAACCCACUGGAAGAAGCUCCCCGAGCAGAACCCUAUUUCUUCUUUCAUACCUUUCCCGGCUGGAGCGCCGAAGCCGAUACCUGCGAUUCAGACGCAUCAGCCGAAAGAAGAUGCGAAGCAGCUGGAGGAGCGCUUGAAGCGCAAAGCUGCGGUACUAGAGAGCUUCACGCAUAGCUGGGAGGGAUACAAGCAGCAUGCUUGGUUGAGGGACGAGGUUGCCCCUCUGACUGGGAAAUACAAGGACACUUUUGGAGGAUGGGCGGCUACGCUUGUCGACUCGUUGGAUACACUGUGGAUUAUGGGCAUGAAGGCUGAUUUCGAAUUGGCUGUGAAAGCUCUGGGGGAGAUUGAUUUCACUACGACGGAUGCGAAGGAUAUAAAUGUGUUUGAGACUACAAUUCGGUAUAUGGGAGGGUUCCUGGCUGCCUAUGACAUUUCUGGGGCGAGGUACCCGUUAUUGUUGACAAAGGCAAUUGAGGUUGGAGAGUUAUUGAUGUGCUGUUUUGAUACCCCAAAUAGAAUGCCCAUCACGAGGUGGGAUUGGAAAGCGUAUGGAACGGGUUCCAAACAGAAAGCUGGAAAUACGUUGGUCUCUGAAUUAGGAUCGCUUUCACUUGAGUUCACACGAUUGGCGCAGCUCACAGGAGACGUUAAAUACUAUGACGCCGUACAACGAAUAGGUGAUCACUUUGAAAAGGGUCAGGAUGGGACAAAACUUCCGGGGAUGUGGCCGAUUAGUGUAAACGCAGGUGGGCCCUCAUUCAAUACCGAUACGAUGUUUACGCUGGGAGGCAUGUCGGAUUCAUUAUACGAAUAUCUUCCAAAGCAAUAUCUCAUUCUUGGUGGUAGGCUUGAACAGCCUAAGAAGAUGUACGAGAAGUUCAUUGAAGUGGCGAAGAAACACAUGUUCUUCCGAAUCUUCAAUCCAAAGGAUGAGGCGUUGUCAGUCUCUGGGGAUAUCCGCGUUACAGGCAUAGAUCAUUCUGAGCUUUCAGUUCAACCACAAGGCCAGCAUCUUACCUGCUUCACUGGUGGUAUGGUAGGUAUUGCUUCUCGCAUUUUUGAUCGACCAAAUGAUCUCGCUCUCGCACAAGAGCUUACAGCUGGCUGUGUCUUUGCAUAUGACAGCAACCCAAAUGGCAUCGCUCCUGAGAUCUUCACAGUCAUGCCUUGUCCAAAGGAAAAGGAAAAGGAUUGCAAAUGGAAGGACGAGAUUUGGUAUGAUGCACUUGCCGCUGCUCAUCCAUCCAUGUCUGGCGUAGAAGAAACGGCAGAAGCUCGCGCCACCCGACUUAAGAAAAGUGCUGACGAAAUGCGUCUCGUUCCCGGCUUCACAUAUAUCAACGACAAACGCUACAUUCUAAGACCCGAAGCUAUCGAGUCAGUAUUCAUCAUGUAUCGCAUAACCGGCGACAAGAAAUGGCAAGAUGCUGCGUGGCGCAUGUUUCAAGCCAUCGAGAAAGUCAGCAGAACGGAGAUUGCUGCUGCGGCUAUCAAUGAUAUUACCGUGCCAAAGGAAAACAUCAAGGAACAACAGUCUGAUAGCAUGGAGAGUUUUUGGUUGGCGGAAACGCUGAAGUAUUUUUACCUGUGCUUUGAUGAUUUUACGAAUGUUAGUCUGGAUGAGUUUGUGUUGAAUACGGAGGCGCAUCCGCUUAGGAGGCCGAGGAAGUAG